AUGACCACUGCAGCUAGGCCGACUUUUGAACCAGCACGAGGUGGUCAAGGUCGUGGAGAAAAGGAUUUGAGUGCCAUUUCAAAACAGUAUUCGAGUAGAGAUUUACCAAGUCACACCAAAUUAAAAUUUAGAGAACAUGGACAAGGAACAUCUGAAGAAUUAAGAUCUCGUGAUUUUAGAAGAGAAUUAGAAGACCGCGAACAUGAAAAAGAAAAAAGUAGUCGUCGAGAUGGAGAUUCAAGGGAAAGUAAGAGAGUUAAACUUGAUCAACUUCCUGCUGCGAGUCUGGAUGCAGAUGAUCCUCUGGACGAGGAUGAUGAUUCGGAUGAAAAUGAAUCUGAUGAUGAUACGGCUGCUUUAAUGGCAGAAUUAAGUAGAAUAAAAAAAGAACGUGCUGCUGAAAAUGCUCGAAAGGAAGCUGAAAAACGUCAGGAGGAAGAAAGAAUUAGAAUGGAAAAUAUUCUUAGUGGGAAUCCUUUAUUAAAUUAUGCUGCACAAGCCACUAAAACAGAUAUUAAGGUGAGUACUACGAAAUUAGAAUUUUUUUAUUUCAUUCGAUUUGUAAAAAGAAGAUGGGAUGAUGACGUAGUUUUUAAAAAUUGCGCCAGGUCGGAGCCUGAAAAAAAGAAAGAUAAUUUUAUAAAUGAUUCUUUGCGUUCUGAUUUUCAUAGGAAAUUUAUGGAAAAAUACGUUAAAUAA